CCGGAAGCUUGCCAAAGCGCCUGUGGCCACCGCAGCCUUUUCACGUUUCCUAUACAGUUCCUAACUCUGUUUACCGGACGCUGCCACUCUAGCCUUUCCUCUUUGUGUCCCCUUCUUUUGGGGGACGGAAGUUGUGGGAGAUUCUGUGGUGGGUUGAGAUUUUCGCCCAAGAAAUUGAGGCCGGGCAGGUGGCGGCGGAGGGAAAAGAAGCCUUUUGCGGGGAGUUAAGGAACACUCUGGAAGACUGAUCGGGGCAAAGAGAAGUAGCAGUCAACACCAGAUGUGUGAAGUGAUGGACAGUAAAGAAGGAGAAGGGCCAGAGAACAAGGAAGAAGAAGAUGCUGCUGAGUUGGGCCUUUCUAGCCAAGGUGGCACCAAAAAUACUAUGCCUGGCAUAAUUUACCUGGGUCACAUCCCUCCUCGCUUCAGGCCCCGGCAUGUCCGCAACCUCCUUAGUGGCUAUGGUGAGGUGGGACGCAUUUUCCUGCAGCCUGAAGAACAACACAUACGGAAGAAAAAGAAGAAAGCUGGAACCAAUGCAAAGAACUUCACAGAAGGCUGGGUGGAAUUCCGGGACAAGAGAGUGGCAAAGUUGGUAGCUGCCAGUUUACACAACACACCAAUGGGUGUCCGCAAGAGGAGCCGGUUCCAUCAUGACCUGUGGAAUAUGAAGUAUCUGCACCGCUUCAAGUGGACUCACCUAAGUGAGCGGCUGGCAUAUGAGCGUCAGGUGCAGCAACAGCGCAUGCGUGCCGAGGUCUCGCAGGCCAAACGUGAGACUAAUUUCUACCUGCAGAAUGUGGAGAAGAGUAAACGCUUUUCCAAAAAAGACAGUCAAGGAGAGCAGGAGGAAAAGAGCUGGGGCUUUGCACAGCGUCGUACGGAGCAGGAAAUCCAGACCAGCAAAGGGAACAAGCGUCUCAAGAAGCAGUUGGCUCGGGCGGCUGAGAUCCAGCAGAAAUCCCAGUCGAACCGUUCUCUACUAGCAAAGAUCUUCAAUGCCCAAGAGUAGUACUGGACCUGAGGUUUACAGAACGUACUCGCUAUCCUAGUGUAGCUGUUGGCAACUUUGUUAUUACAAUUCAAAUUGAUGUGAGACACUGUGAGGACUCCCCCCCCCCCGAUAUCAUGUGCUUUGUCGUGUUUUACAGACAUGUUGAGGAUAUCAGACUUACUGAUUUUUCUGCUGUGCAGAGUCUCUUUUUAAGAAUCUGUCUGAUUUUGCACGGCCAGCAUAAAGUCUUUCCUCUCUGGAGAUUGGGAAGGAGUAUAAUUUUUUGGUUCUUCCCUUGGUCAUUGCGGAUGGUGCUGGCAAUGUGGGGAAGAUAAGCUGCCAUUUUCUAGAAUCAGCUUGCCCUUAUAAAUAUUAACUAUUCUCUUUUGGAAAGCAUUGGGAUGUAGAAGAACUGGCUCUCCUUUCCAGAACUUAGUAUAGUCUGUGAAAUAUUUCAGUCCUCUACCUUUGCUUCCUGCGCCGAUCCAAGGUUCCAAGUGAGAAUCUCGGAUUCUUCUGUGGGUAGGUGAUAAUUUGAAUGGAAAGUUAUUGGCUGAUACUUCAAACAACCACUUUGAGUUUGUACAGCAGUAUUCACGCAAGCCAGAAUGAAUUUCCUGUGUUUAAAAGAAAUACUUUUCCGAAAAUUAUUGAGUUUGGGGUUGUUUAACAUCUUAAGAUGUUAUCCAAAUGUUCUAUUAAGCACCAAAUCAUAAAUAAAACUUAUUUUGUAGCAUU